AUGGGGCUGGGCGCGCCUCGGCUUGCAGGCGCGCGGGCGGUGGCCUCUUCUGUGAAUCUGGAUCAAGCAGACGAUGAGAGUGCCAUGACGGCUCGAACGCGACGCUUGCGUGAUGGUGUGCUGAACCAUCAGCGCAGUGCGCUGGCUCAAGCCGUCACCUUGGUGGAGAGCACGCAUCCAGCCCGCCGCGCACAGGCACAGCUUCUCCUCACUAGCUUGCAGCGUCAUGUGCGCGCCAAGGAAGGCCAGCGCGCCCGACCCACCAUGCGCCUCGGUAUCAGCGGGAGCCCGGGCGUGGGCAAGUCCACUUUCAUCGAAGCUUUUGGCCAGCAUCUGCUGGGCUCUGGGUUGCGUCUGGGGGUGCUGACGGUUGAUCCCAGCAGCACGAUUACGGGUGGCUCCAUCCUCGGGGACAAGACACGCAUGCCUGUGCUGUCUGCUCAUCCAGACGCCUAUGUGCGACCUUCUCCCAGCUCCGGUUCCCUGGGUUUGUCUCUCCCAAGCUCGCUGGCCUACCUGCUGUGGUACCGCUGUUCUUUCCGCAUGAUUCAAUUGCUUGCACGCAACACGACCGAUGCCAUUGUGCUCUGCGAGGCCUUUGGAGCGGAUGUGGUCCUGGUCGAAACGGUCGGUGUCGGUCAAAGCGAGGUGGCCGUGGCGGACAUGGUGGAUAUGUUCAUCCUUCUUCUUCCACCAGCUGGUGGAGACGAGCUUCAGGCUGCCUUUGACCAGAACGGUGUUUUGCACAUGCUAUCAAAUCGGCAGGGCAUCAAACGUGGCAUCAUGGAGGUGUCUGACCUCAUCAUCAUCAACAAGGCGGAUGGUGAUUUAACUCAAGCGGCCCACCGGGCACGGGUUGAGCACCAGAAUGCAUUGCAUCUGAUGCGUCGCAAGUCUCGCAACUGGGAUCCUGAGGUUGUAGCGACCUCCGCCCUGGAGCACCGCGGCAUUUCGGAGGUGAAGGAUGUUAUUGACAGCUUUUAUGACGCUAUGAUGGCCAGUGGGGAGCUAAUGGAACGACGUUCAAACCAAUAUGAGCGCUGGAUGUGGCGGCACGUCCAAGAUGAUCUCAUGCAGCGCUUCCAUCAACAUGAUGGCGUCAAAGCGCUUUUGCCUGAAAUUACCCGCCAGAUGCGCGAGCGCACCAUGACGCCCGGCGUGGCCGCCGAGCACCUAAUUGCCACCUUUACCGCUUAA